AUGUCAAACUCGUCGGUGCUUCUGCCACCGUCGGGGCACGAGCAGUUUUUCGAAGUGAAUCAAUCGGUGCUUCUGCCACCGUCGGGGCAAAAGCUGGGUAUCGAAUCAAAUGCGUCGGUGUUUCUGCCACCGUCGAGGCACAAGCAAGUCAUCGAGCCGAAUUCGUCGGUGCUUCUGCCAUCGUCGGGGCACAAGCAGUAUACAAGAUCGAAUCUGCAGUCGUCAAUGCAGCAGCCACGCCUUGACCAACGUACCCAGUGGAAACAGUCGGUGAACCAACCAGUCGGAUACGAAAGUUUUAUGGGGAAACCAACAUUGCCUCCACCGAGAUUACCAACCGAUCCAAGUUUGUGUACGAUUCCAAUCGAGCAGCAGCCACCGAUGGAACAAACCCAGCAUUUCGUACCCAAUACAUGGUCAUCGGUCCCACAUCAGGGGACGGUCCAGAGUUCUCAACAGCAGCAGGGAACUAACCUGUAUCGCCAACCACAACAUCCAGAAUUUCUGAGGGAUAACAGACGUGAGCAGUCGACAGUUUUGAAUCAAGGGCAAAACACAAAACCCAUGUCAUGUGGUUAUCAACAUUCUGGUGGUUACCGACAUUCAGUGGAGUACUUGCUGCAGCCGGAGCAACAACAAUUCCCUGCGCCGAGCUCAUCGGGGCUUUUGCCACCGCCGGGGCAUCAGCAGUACCAAGUACCAACUUCGUCAGUGUUUGUGCCACCGCCGGGGCACCAGACGUUUCAGGUACCAACGUCAUCGGUGUUUUUGCCACCGUCGGGGCGUCAGCAGUAUCGCGUACCAAACUCGAUGGCGCCAGAGCUACCACCGGGGCCUGAGCAGCCGUUCGCGUCGGGGAUCCAGAACGAUCAGUCAGUGCCAGUGCAGCAGAAUGUUCCUAAUCCAGUUCGUCCACGAUGCGCAGCAGGACCUACAGCCGAACAACUAGCCGCUCGUCAAGUCAUACCACGAGAGCUACCCGUAUUCACUGGAGAUCCGCAGGAUUGGCCGCUGUUCUUCAGCUCCUUCCGGAAUUCUACUGAAGCGUGCGGAUACAAUGAUGCCGAGAAUUUGGCAAGACUUCAACGGUGCCUUCGCGGUCAUGCUUUGGAAAGUGUUCGCAGCCGUUUGCUGAUACCGGAGUCAGUCCCUCACGUUAUGACUACACUGCAAAGACUCUACGGAAGGCCAGAAGUUAUCAUCCUUUCACUUCUGAGGCGGAUGCGCGAAAUUCCUUCUCCCAGUGGCGAUGAUCUCAAAACCUUGAUCAAGUUUGGUAUGGGGGUGGAAAAUCUAGUUGAGCACAUGAUUCUGGCGGACCAACAGCAGCAUAUUAGUAACCCUAUGCUUCUACAAGAGAUGGUAGAUAGACUUCCACCGAACCUGAAGCUACAAUGGGCAUCCUACAAACGCAGCUACUAUACUGUCAACUUGGCCGCAUUCAACGACUUCAUGAAGGAGCUUGUAAUGAUGGCAAGUGAUGUAACUCUACACGUAGAUCUGGGAUUUCAGAGUUCGGGAAAGUUGGAGAAAAGUAGGCGGGAAAAACCUACGAAGGAGAAGCUGUUCGUGCAUCAACAAGCGUCGACAACAACGGGACCUGCAGAAAGCAGCACUGGUCAAAAGGAAGUCAUCAGCCCAGUUAGCAAGCCCUGUUUACACUGCGGAAAAUCGGACCAUCGUAUCGCUGAGUGCCCUGAGUUCAAGAAGCUGAAUAUAGACGAACGGUGGAAGGUAAUGCGGCAGAAAGGAUUGUGUCGGCUAUGCUUAGUCCCUCAUCGAUCAUGGCCAUGUCGCUCCAAGCAAGAGUGUGGAGUCGGAGACUGUCACAUGCGUCACCAUCCUCUGCUGCACUCGAGGAAACCAGAGUCAACUACACCAUCACCAUCAACAUCUACCAACAGAAACGUCGCGCACCAGCAUCAUCACUCCCUAACUUCAUCUGCGUUGCUGCGCUAUCUUCCUGUGACACUGUACGGAAACGGGAAGAGCGUGGACGUGUACGCGUUCCUCGACGACGGAUCUUCAUCAACCAUGUUGGAAGCGGAAGUGGCGAACGUGCUAGGAGUAAAAGGGCCCAGUGAACCGUUGUGUCUGUGCUGGACGGGUAGUGUGAAAAGAAUCGAGAAUGGAUCGCAACGUAUUCAGAUAACCAUCUCAGGACGGAGCGAGGAGAAGAGUUUCCCGUUGAGAGCAAGGACGGUAGAACAGUUGAAACUACCCAGUCAGACUGUCGAUUACGAGGAGCUCUGCGAAGUGCAUCCCCAUCUGAGGAAACUGCCACUGCGUGGAUACGCAGAUGUCGCACCUCAACUGAUAAUCGGAGUAGACAACGCUAAGCUGAUUAGUGCACUCAAGAGUCGAGAAAGUGGUACUGGAGAGUUGGUUGCAGCAAAAACUCGACUGGGUUGGUGCAUUUACGGACGACACGCUAUCCAAAGUAGUCUUGUGGAGUACGUGAAUGCUCACGUGGAGCAAUGCGAAAAAGAGACAGAACUUCACGACCUUUUCAGGCAGUUUCUGGCAGUAGACGAGGCAAACAUCAAGCACAGUCCUCAAUCGGAGGAAGACAAGCGUGCCUUGAAGAUUCUCCAGGAAACCACUCGAAGAGUUGACGGAAGAUUGGAGACCGGACUUCUAUGGCGAAACGAUGAUCCAUGCCUUCCAAAUAGCUACCCAAUGGCAGUGCGUAGAAUGGAAGCGCUCGAGAGGAAGUUGUCCAAGGAUUCCUACCUCGACGGGAAGGUAAGGGGACAGAUCGCAGAGUAUCUCGAAAAGGGGUACGCUCAUCGCAUAACUGCAGCUGAACUGGAGUCUACGGAACCGGGACGCGUCUGGUACCUGCCACUCGGGGUAGUAAGGAACCCUAAUAAGCCAGGAAAGGUACGACUGAUUUGGGAUGCUGCAGCCCGAGUGAACGGCGUUUCUUUCAACGAUCUAAUGCUAAAAGGGCCAGACAUGCUGACCGCUCUACCUGCUGUUCUACUGCGUUUCCGGCAGAAGCGCGUGGCAUUCAGUGGAGACAUAAAGGAAAUGUUCCACCAAUUCCUGAUCCGGAAAAGGGACAAACAGGCGCAGAGGUUCGUAUUCCGAGAGUGCCCUAGGCAGCCACCGCAGAUUUUCGUGAUGGAUGUUGCUACAUUUGGCGCAGCGUGCUCCCCGUGCAUCGCACAGUAUCUGAAAAACAGGAAUGCAGAGGAGUACGCGGCCCAAUUCCCUGGCGCAGCCAAAGCCAUAAUCGAAAACCACUACGUUGACGACUACCUGGACAGUGUGGAGACGGUAGAAGAAGCGGUAGAGCUGAUAGAGGAAGUGAAACAUGUGCAUUCUAAGGCUGGGAUGGAGAUUCGAGACUUUUCUUCGAACUCCUCAGAAGUGCUCGAGCGCAUAGGAGAAACCAGCAAAGUUCUGCAGAAGUCCCUCAACCUGGAUUCGGAUGUAGAGAGAGUGCUUGGUAUGGUAUGGAGACCAUCAGAAGACGUUUUCAGUUUCGAGGUCAGUCUGAAGGAGGAAGUUCGAAACAUUGUAAAGAGUCAGGAUGCACCUACCAAACGUCAAGUCCUACGGACGAUCAUGUCUUUGUUUGAUCCGUUAGGACUGGUGGCACACUUUUCGGUUCACGGAAAGAUACUCAUGCAGCGAAUCUGGAGGACUGGAUCGGGCUGGGACAAAACGAUUAGUGGUGAAAUACUGGAAAACUGGCGCCAGUGGAUCGGAUUACUGGUGAAUAUAAGUGAAGUCAAAGUCCCCAGAUGUUUCUUCUCGGCAACCGGAGCUACACCGAACGAUUCGCAGAUUCACGUCUUUGUCGAUGCAAGCGAGAACGCGUACGCCUGUGUUGCUUAUCUUCGGAGUAUGUGCAAUGGGAUGCCUCGAUGCACGCUGAUAGCCGCGAAGACUAAGGUAGCGCCGUUAAAACCCCUCUCAAUACCGAGGCUAGAAUUGCAGGCAGCCUUAAUCGGCUCCCGACUGCUGGACAACAUUUGUAAGGCGCUGACGAUACCAGUGGCUGCUCGAUACCUCUGGUCAGACUCGACGACCGUCCUUGCGUGGUUGAAAUCCGAGACACGACGAUAUCAUCAAUUCGUCGGCUUCCGGGUAGGAGAAAUUCUGAGCACGACUACCGUGGACGAGUGGCGAAAGGUACAAUCAAAAGUGAACGUAGCCGAUCAAGCAACGAAGUGGAGGGACGGACCCAGUUUCAGACCCGACGACUGGUGGUAUGUAGGACCGGCUUUCCUGAUGAAACCGGACGAGAACUGGCGAAAGGGCAUUUCGGAAGAUUUUUCGACGGCAGAGGAGUUGCGAACGGUAUUUCUACAUCAUCGCGUCACACCACCGCCGGUCAUAAAUUUUCAACGAUUCUCCAAGUGA